AUGGCUGAGAUUUCAGUUUCUUCUCCAGGUAGCUAUUCUUGUGGAAUAUGUCAAUCGGAAUUGUGCAAUCCCAAAAUAUUAAAAUGUUUCCAUGUCUUCUGUCGUCGGUGCUUAGACCAGGUAUCAGACAGUCGUCUUUUACAAUGGUCAAAUAGAAUAACAUGCCCGUUAUGUGAAAGCGUAACUUAUAUAACAUGGAAGGGAUUUGAUGAACUUGAUGACUUUAAAUAUUUAUAUCAAUCGAAAAAUGAACAAUCUAAAAGUCAAUGUGAAAUGUGCGAUAAAAAUAAUAUUGCUGCCUCUAAAUGUGAAGAUUGUCAGGAAUUUAUGUGCAAAGAGUGCCAUGAUUACCAUAAAAUGCAUAAAAAAUUCAAAAGCCACAGCGUAGUCUCCCUUGACACUCAGGAUGUAGAAACCGUUUUAAAGGACGAUGCAUGUAUGCAGGUCGCCACCAUCGAAAAAAUGUGUAAAGAGCAUUAUGUACCUCAUCCGAUACAGGAAUUCUGCAAAGCAUGUUCUAAGCCCGUUUGUGCUUUUUGCAUGUCAGGUAGCCAUAACGGACAUGACACUGACAAAUUCCAAACGAUUGUUGUGAAUGCACGAACUUCCUUAAAAGUAGCUUCCAAAGCUUUAGAAUCAAAACUGCCAUUUCUGGAAUCCCUUUUAAACGAGGCCCAUCUUGAGAAAGCGAAGUAUAAUAACCACAUCAGAAACACACGUGCAGAAAUUCAAGAAACAUCUGAACGACUAAAACAGGAAAUUUGUAGAAAAAUAGAUGGAAUUACGAGGGAAAAUAUCUCUAAACUAGAUAGUAUGGAACAAGCGGACAAUGCCGUUUUAGAAUCGUACAGAAAGGACGUUGCUAGGUCCAAAAUGGCAAUCGAGGGGCUUUUGUAUAUGACUGAAAACCUGUUAAAAUUUGGCGACAAAAAUGACCUAAUAGAAGCUUUUAUGGAACUUCAAACACGCCUAUCCCACUAUGGUCAUAACUAUGGUGUUAUCAUGCCUGAUAUUUUCGAACCCUUGAUGAAGCCUGGAUCAAUCAAAUUAAACGAACUUUAUGAAGCGGUAGGAAGCAUCGAAAGGGAUAAAAAGCCAAUGACCAAUUCGUUUAUUGCAUUUAAGCAACAGCCUUCAUCACAUCUAGUUGACAACGAUAAGGCCUUUACAAAAGUUCAUUCAUUUAAUCUUGGUUAUUCUGUCGACUCAGUUGUCUGCACUUUCAGUACAGAUGUUGUGUUAGUAUUACAAGGAAUAAAUAUUACAGUAGAUAUUCCUAACGGUAUAAAUAGUAUAGAAUAUUUGUUCCAUCAGAUAGCGCUAUAA